GGGUGGGUAUGCAGUCACACCCUUCCUCAUAAGUUCAUUACUAAAGGUUUUUUUUAACCAUCAGUCAAAGACAAAGGAAGCACAUGUAAGAGUCUGAGCAACAAUCGAGCCUCAAAGUAAGUUCUUAAAUCUUGAAAAACUGAAAAGAAUUAAAGAAAAAGAGAGAAAAAGAGGAAAAGCUGAAAUUCUAUACAGUAUAUGAAUCCAAAGAGCGCUGAAGAGGAGGAGCAGUGACGUCAAUGUCUAUCCAUACAAUGUCUGUUCCCGUGGACUUUCUGUCUGAAGAGCAGUUCUCCUGCUCCAUUUGCCUGGAGGUCUUCACCAACCCUGUAUCUACACCAUGUGGCCACAGCUUCUGCCUCUCCUGCAUCACAUCGUACUGGGACACUCGGGGCAAGGCAUGCCUCUGUCCACUGUGCAAGGAGAGCUUCCGCAAGCGUCCAGAGCUCCACAUCAACCACACUCUUAAGGAGAUCACAGAGCAAUUCAAGCACAUGGCUGAGACAUCUGGAAGACCUGGGACCUCCACAGCUUCCCAAGAUGCAAGCUCUCAGUCUCCUCGCAUCUUGGAUAGAAAGAUCAGCGGGUCAUCUCGGCCUGGAGAGCUGCCUGGAGGAUUGCUGAUGGAAAUGAAAAACAGGUUCCAAAGGACAUCCUCUAGUGGGAAUUUGUUGGAAGUGUCGUAUCCAUCUUCACCAGUGCCUUCGUAUGAAGCCAGCAGGAGAAGGUUCAGUGCCAGCGGGUUCAGUUCAGUGAGCUCAACCGGACCACAGUGUAGCAAGCAUGGACUUAGCCUGGAUAUGUUCUGCAGGAAUGACCAGAUGUUUGUGUGUUCAAAGUGUGCUGAAGAGGAUCAUCAUGGUCAUGCUGUGGUGUUGGCUCGGCAAGAGAUGAACAUUAAGAAGUCUCAACUGGGGAUCAUGGAAGCAGAAGUACAGGGAUUAAUCACAGCCCGAGAGAAGAAGAUUGAGGAAAUCCAAAUGGCCCUCACUGACAUUCAAGCCAAUGCACAGCAUGAGGUGGAGAUUACGGUGAGCAUGUUUCAUGCCUUGAUCAGUUCCUUGGAGAGAGCUCAGGCUAAGGCAUUGGAGGUAGUGGAGAUGGGCCGUGCAGCUACUGAAGUCCGCUCACAGGUCCUCAUCCGGGACCUUCAGCAGGAGAUCACUGAACUGAAGAAGAGGAAUAGCAUGCUCUCUCAGCUAACUCAGUCCAAUGACUACUUCAGCUUCUUCAAGAUGUAUUCAUCCCUCUCUACUGUUCCCCUGAUGAAGAACUGGACAGAAGUGACUUUGACCCCUGACCCCACAGCUGGCAUGGCCCUUGAAAACAUCACUCAAGUGGUGGAGAAAGUCCAGGAUGAGCUGAGGAAGCUGCCACAGAGCUCUUUACAUUCAGCAAUGGAAUCACCUGUAAAACAAGAACCACGGCUUUGGAAAAUACAGGACUACGCAUUGGAUGUUACUCUGGAUCGAGACUCCGCCCACCCCAGACUGAUGAUCUCUGAGGACUGUAAGCAGGUUUACUGCAGUGACCACCAUCACACUGUGAUGGACACACCCGAACGCUUCGACCGCGUGGUCUGUGUGCUUGGCUGCCAGGGCUUCAGUUCAGGCCGUCAUUACUGGGAGGUCUACGUAGGUGAGAAGACAGACUGGGACUUGGGUGUGGUCAAUCACUCGAUCAACCGCAAGGGGAAGAUCUCGGUCAGUCCGGCUAAUGGCUACUGGCUCCUGAGUCUGCGAGACAAGCAUGAAUAUGCCUUCCGUACCAAUCCACCAAUGCCCAUUUACCUGAACACCAAACCUCAGAAAGUUGGAAUUUUUAUUGACUAUGAAAAAGGACAAGUGUCUUUUUAUAAUGCUGACACCAUGGCACUUAUUUUCACUCAUGUUUGCUUCUUUACUGAAACGUUGUAUCCAUGCUUCAGUCCCUGCACGAACAAAUCUGGCCAAAAUGAGGCUCCUCUUUUCAUUUGUACCAUCAAUCCAUCUGUGUGAAAAAUCACUAAUCAACACGUUUUAAUCUCUUACACUUUGCAAAUUUUAUUAUUUUUGGUCCUCGUUGAUACCAAUAGUGAUGCUGAACUGAGUUGCGAGUUGAUUUUAAAUGAAGCAUCUUAGCUAGCUACAUUAUAGCUUGACUGGAGCAGGGCUGCAGUAUAGAAUAGUGGGUUUAGUUUACUUCAGAAAGCUGUGUGUAAAGUGCAUUUUUAUUGUUUUCAUUGUGUUUGAAUCCUUCGCUGUUAAUGACUACUAGCAGCUGAUCAUCAAGAACAACAUGCUAAUGAAGCCCAGUUAUUUUCACUCACCUUGUGUUGUCUGUAGAUAUUGUUUCACUGCUGUGAGCCAGUGUUGUACAUGAACUGAAUGAAUCACUUUGCAACUAAUGAACAUGAACAUUGCUUAUUCUGGCAAGAGUGAACGACACUCACAUACAGUACCAACACACCAGAAGGUCCUGGUAAUGCACUGAAAAGCUGUUUGCCAACAUCAGAAAAAGAACAACGACAGUUUUACAGCAGGGUGCAAGGAAUUACAGUUUAUAAACAAUUAGUUUUUAGUCCUGCUUUAUCAUACAUUAAGUGGUGAAACAUAAACUCACAUUGUUUUUCCUUGACUUUAGAAUCUCUGUCAGAGAUUGUAGAGUAUACAGUAAUUUAUUUAGUUUAGGAAGUGAAGUGGCAGCGAUUGGAGGCUGGAGAGGGAUGGGUAAGAGAUAGCUGUUAUUUCUACUGAAAAAGAUUUGCUCAGAGCAGCUUAUUAAAAAAUUUCAGAAGAAAUUAAAUUGAUUUUAACUGAACUUUGUGUGAACUUGCACACUGUUGCUCGUGAUGAACACUUGUUUUUAAUGCUUGCUGAUUAAAGCCACUUCUAAACAUGAUAAAGAUGUUUUACUAGGGGACUUGUAUUGUAUUGUAUCUAAGAAGAUGCUGCAGUUCCUCCUCUUGGUGUUUUCACAGAACACAGUUGACAGUCUGCUUUUCUUUGAUCAUUAAUUGUGAAAUUCUUUUAGAUCGCUAUUAUUUCCUGUCAUCUCAUCACAUAGUAUCGCUGAGUAAAUGAGAGAGAUAUCGGAUUGAUAUCAGUAUCAGUAUUGAUGCACCUCUAAUGUUUUUAUUUGUAAAUUAAUUGGGAUUUUGGAAAUUAAUUUUUGUGUCUUGUUCAAAUAACAGCUAUUUUAUUGUAAUGUACAAUAAGAAAGUUAUUAUAAAUUUCACUAUCUCCACCAUGUUUUAUCUCAAAUGCUACUUCUU